AUGACGAACGAUAACGCUACACACAAUGACCCCUCGCAUAAGGACAUUAAUGCAGAACAUUUUGCACGUCAACAACAAAUACUUACGCAGCUACUGGAACUACAGCGGCAACAAAUGACGUUAUCUGCCGCGACAACGAAUAACGCGGCAACGGUAGCUGUACCUAAUCCAUCGGUCCCGCCCCCACCGACUUUUUCUUAUAAAGCGGAAGAAUGGGCUGAAUGGAAAUGCAGCUUCUAUCGCUACAAACGCACCAUGUUAGUCAGCUGCUCCAGUGAGCAAACGGUCGAUUAUUUCAUCGGGCAUCUGGGUACUAAAGCGGAGAAAAUUCUAAAGUCAUUUCACCUUUCGACGGAAGAUCAAAAAAACUUCGCUAUCGUUUUAGAAAGAUUCGACGCAUAUUUCGGCGAAAGGAAAAAUUUAGUCUACGAAAGGGUCAAAUUUCUUCAAAGGGUGCAAGGUUCUGAUGAACCCUGCGAUAUAUUUAUAAGCGAUCUAACCGCUAUGGCCCAAACGUGCGAGUGGGCUCAAUUAGAAGGGGAGAUGAUCAAAUUGCGAAUUAUCGCGGGUUUGGCAGAUAGUCGGUUGUCGAUCCAAUUGCAAACAAGGCCAGAUGACAACGUAGACGAGGUAAUCAAACGCGUUAGGUUGGCAGAAUCACUCCGUAAACAACAAGCCGUAAUUCGGGCAAGCGCACCAGCUCCAGCCAAUGCGCCAACUCAAAGCGUAACGGAACCGGAAGAGGUUAGCGCCAUCUACCACAGCAGAGGUGCCAUACCAAAACAGAAACCCCAUAUGCAGCGACCAAAUCCCCACGUUAGGACAGCUGACUACAAAAAUGACACCAAAUCAUGUAGAAAAUGCGGCCUCAUUCCUCGCCACGCGUUUGCGUCGUGCCCUUCGAGAAACGACACUUGUAAAAAAUGCGGCAAAAUAGGACAUUGGUCCACUAGAUGCUUAUCUAAAGUAAACAAUAGACAAAACCCAAAGAUUGCGAGCGUAGAAACGGCACCAGAUGAGGAAGACAAUUUUUUUAUGGGAUCGAUCGACACGUCAAAACCCAAAAAACCGUGGCGCGCGAUCGUUAAUGUUAACGACACAAAUCUAGAUUUUAAAUUAGAUUGCGGCGCGGACGUUACGGUGAUAAGAUGGGACGAUCUCAAAAAAUUAAACAAAACAACACUCGUAGACGCACCAAAAUCACUUAUAUCAGCCUCGGGCGAUAAAAUCCAAAUUGUAGGAACGUUUGACGCAGAUCUCCGGUAUCGGAAUCGCAAAUCUCUCGAAAAAAUUUACGUGGCAAAGAAAUUGCGCGAGAAUUUAUUGGGCCGCGACGCGUUGGAAACAUUGGGCAUGCUAUCCUGGGCAAAUGUGGCGUCGAUAGCAGAGCAAUUUCCUACUUUGUUCGAAGGCAUAGGAAACUUAGGCAAAACGUACCACAUUAAAAUUAAAGAAAACGCUGUACCUUUCGCAAUAGCGGCAGCACGACGGGUACCGUUACAUCUACGCGACGCAGUUAAAAAGCAUCUCGACAAAUUAGAGAAUGAAAGCAUCAUAAGAAAGGUCAGUGUGGCAACAAACUGGUGUGCGCCUAUGGUCGUCGUACCCAAGAAAAACAACAGCGUUCGAAUAUGCGUCGAUUAUACUAUUCUCAAUAAAUCAGUACAAUCAGAACGCAUGAUUCUACCUCAGAUAUCCGAAUCCCUGGCUCUAAUUGAAGCAGAGGCGGAAUAUUUCUCAAAGCUCGAUGCAGCAUCAGGAUUUUAUCACAUUCCUUUAGACACAAACUCUCAGUUAUUAACGACUUUUAUAACGCCAUUUGGACGCUACGCUUUUCAAAGGCUUCCGAUGGGCAUCACGUCAGCCACAGAACGCUUCCAAAGAGAGAUGAUGGAAACACUAGAAGGCCUAGAAGGCGUGGUCAACAUAGCGGACGACAUGCUAAUCUUCGGGAAAACCAAGGCAGAGCAUGACCAGCGUUUGGCCCAAGUAUUAGAGCGCUUGAAACAAAGAGGGUUAAGACUGAACAAGGAGAAGUGUGUCUUUGGAAAGAAAAAAGUGAAAUUCUUAGGUUACACGAUCUCCAAAGAAGGCGUGGGAAUCGAUGAAGACAAAGUCAAAGCCGUACUCGAGAUGCCAGCACCAAAGAAUGUCAGCGGCGUGAGACAACUGCUCGGCACAUUGCAAGUAAAUGCAAAAUUUUUACCAGAAUUGGCUAACAUAGCAAGCCCCAUAUCGCAACUUUUAUCUACAAAAUAUGAAUUUUGUUGGACAGAAAGGCAACAGGCGGCACUAGAAGCCAUAAAAAUCGCAUUAACUUCAGCACCGCCGACGCAUCGUCAUUCGGUCUUGGAGCCGUACUGGAACAAGAGCAAAAAGAUGGCACUUGGAAACCCGUCUCCUAUGCAUCACGAAAAAUGUCCGAAACGGAAUCCAGAUACGCACAGAUAG